GUGUGGCAGAAAGGUGAAGAAGAGUGACGUUUGUUGGACCCCCAGAAACUGUAAGAUGCCGCUGUCCCGUUCGCUUUCCAUGACAUCCCUGACCGGGGUGCUGCCGGCCUGGGAGGAGGACGAGCUGCCUGUGGAGGACCUGCUGCUCUUCGAAGUAUCCUGGGAGGUCACCAACAAAGUUGGGGGAAUCUACACAGUCAUCCAGACCAAGGCUAAGAUCACUGUGGAUGAAUGGGGAGACAACUACUACAUGAUGGGGCCGUACUUCGAGCACAACUUCAAGACUCAGGUGGAGAGCUGUGAGCCACCAAAUCCUGCCAUCAGGAAGGCCAUGGAUGCCCUCAUCCACAACGGCUGCCAGGUUCAUUUUGGUCGCUGGCUGAUUGAGGGCAGCCCCUACGUAAUCCUGUUUGACAUAGGCUCAGCAGCCUGGAACCUGGACCGCUGGAAAGGGGACCUUUGGGACACCUGCAACAUUGGUCUGCCCUACCAUGACCGAGAAGCCAAUGACUCGCUCAUUUUGGGCUCCCUUAUUGCAUGGUUCUUCAAAGAGUUAACAGACCAUCUUGGAGACAAACCUAAUGUCAUCAGUCACUUCCAUGAAUGGCAGGCAGGUCCUGGACUUAUUCUCUCUCGCUCACGCAAAAUUCCCAUGGCGACAGUAUUUACAACACAUGCCACCCUGCUGGGAAGAUACCUUUGUGCUGGGAACACUGACUUUUACAACAACCUGGACAAGUUUAACAUUGACAAGGAGGCUGGUGAGAGGCAGAUCUACCACCGAUACUGCCUAGAGAGAGCAGCAGUUCACUGUGCUCACGUCUUCACGACAGUCUCUCAGAUCACUGCUGUGGAGGCCAACCACAUGCUGCACAGGAAACCAGAUGUGGUCACCCCAAAUGGGCUGAAUGUGAAGAAGUUCUCAGCUAUGCACGAGUUUCAAAACCUGCACUCCACCAACAAGGCCCAAAUCCAGGAGUUUAUCAGGGGACACUUCUAUGGUCACCUGGACUUCAACUUGGAUAAAACCCUCAUCUUCUUCAUUGCUGGGCGCUAUGAGUUCUCAAACAAGGGAGCAGAUAUUUUCCUUGAAUCACUGUCCAGACUGAACUACCUGCUGCGGGUCCACCGAAACGAUGUGACAGUCGUAGUUUUCUUCAUCAUGCCAGCGAAAACUAACAACUUCAAUGUGGAGUCGCUGAAGGGGCAGGCAGUACGUAAACAGCUUUGGGAUACAGCUCAUGCUGUUAAGGAGAAAUUUGGUAAAAAGCUGUAUGAUGCUCUGUUAAAAGGGCAGAUCCCUGAUCUCAACAACAUUUUGGACCGAGAUGACUUCACCAUUAUGAAGAGAGCCAUCUACGCCACACAGAGGCACAGCCUCCCUCCAGUAACCACUCACAACAUGCUGGACGACUCAACAGAUCCCAUCCUGUCCAACAUCAGACGUGUUGGCCUCUUCAACUCCAGGAACGACCGUGUCAAGGUUGUUUUCCACCCAGAGUUCCUGUCCUCGACUAGUCCUCUGCUGCCAAUGGACUACGAGGAUUUUGUCCGUGGUUGUAACCUUGGAGUGUUCCCUUCCUACUAUGAACCAUGGGGCUACACACCUGGUGAGUGUACUGUAAUGGGCAUUCCUAGUGUGACCACCAAUUUGUCAGGUUUUGGUUGCUUCAUGGAGGAGCACGUCUCGGACCCUGCUGCAUAUGGUAUCUAUAUAGUGGACCGACGCUUCCGUUCUGCUGAGGAGUCCUGCAACCAGCUAACUCAGUUCAUGUUCAGUUUCUGCCAGCAGUCUCGGCGGCAGCGUAUCAUCCAGCGCAACCGAACUGAGAGGCUGUCUGACCUUCUGGACUGGAGAUACCUGGGACGGUUCUACAUACAUGCACGUCACCUGGCCCUUAGCAGAGCUUUCCCAGACAAGUUCAAAAUGGAUCCCAUGGCCCCUCUGAAGACGGAGGGUUUCCGGUAUCCCCGGCCCUACUCAGUUCCACCCUCUCCUUCUGCCUCUAUCCAUUCCACGCCCCACCACAGUGAUGUUGAGGAUGAAGAUGAUGAACCCUAUGAUGAAGAUGAGGAGGCCGAGAGGGACCGGAUGAAUAUCAAAUCUCCAUUUGUGCUCAAUGCUGUGCCAGAGGGAAAGGAGCAGCAACCAGGAGAGUCAAGAAACUGAAAUGCUCCAGAGUAGCUAUGGCCUUUACAGUUGGAUGGACUUGACAGACAAAAGUGUGGGGGGGAGAAUCACUGCCUGGUUAGCACCUGCAGUCUACACCACAGUAAUGAAGACCUCCACAUUGUCACCUUUUGUUAACAAUUGCUACACUUA